GCAGCGCUUCUAGACUCAAUUACCCAUGUUAUUUGCCUAGAAGGCUUGGGAUCUUCGAAUUUUGCGGAAAAUCUCUACGUCCACCUGUCGCGCUCUCCCAAAGAGGGUUCAUUCUCGAAUAAAUUCAUUCAGUACCUCGACGUUGCUUUCAACUUGCACUCAAAAAUUCCCCGCCACCCAACUGUUUCCAAUGUUCACUACGUUCACAAAAAAAUCAAUUUGAACCAAGGCUCAUUGGCUUGGGAACAUGAGCGGUUCGCAUUACAUCGGCUACCCGGAUUUACCCUGUCUGCAUGGCCUUCAGUCCAAGUGGCCAACCGGUUGCGUCACAGCUCUCUGGACGGCGGACCUUUGUAUCAUAUCGCAGAGCACGGUGAAAAGUACGCAAAUCGGUCAACUUUCCGUGGUUCGGUCGAUCCUAAGAUACUGGCGCGUAAUAUUCGUGUCAUUGCUGAGGCACUUGCUCGCGUCGUUUUCCCCUCGAAUCUCAGUUCGGUUUCAACUGAUGAUACAAGCUUCAUCGCAUCAAAUAAUCUUCCACCGUACUCUGAAGUCCUAAAUAUUAUUUUUUCACAGUGGGUAUCAGAAACAGGCGUGGCUGCUUUACUCGACUUUCUGGUCAGUCGUCCUCGCAGUGUGCAACUUCUAGAACACCAGUUUAAAGCAUCCACGAAUAGACCACACCUCUUCACCGCGUCAGCGCAUGCGAGUGCUGAAAAAUGGCCCGGCCUGCUUGGUUCCCUGCAGCAUCUUAUGUCUAGUCACCUGCAACGUGUUCGGGUCUCGAGCUUUCCAUUUUCCAGUGAAACAUUGCAAAACAAAGCGAAAACUCAAAAGGAUCCAAGAUCUGGAAAAGGCAAAGAUGAAAGGGAUGCUGAAUUUACGGAAUCUUCCACUGAAGGACAAUACAUGCGCUCAUCUUCUCUCCUAGCCACUGCUGAUUUCAAUGUCGUUGUGCAUUCUGGAAUGGAACCUAUGACACUAACUAUUUAC